AAAGAAAAGAAAGAAAACAAAAAAAAGUCAUUAACGUUUAGUUUUUUUAUUGAACGUAAUAAUUAUUCAAACCAACGUGUUUUCCUGAAUCUUUAUUGCGUAAAUUUACAAAUGGCUACUCACAAUAUCUCCUGUAGUUCAGUUAUUGUUUUCAAUGCUCGUCAUGGAAACACUAAGCGUUUUCCUUCCAACGUCGUCUCCAAAGUGAUGUCGGCUCAGACUGUUACCGUUCGCCGCCGCUCUGCCAACUAUCGUCCGUCGCUAUGGGAUCAUCAAUAUCUCCAUAAUAUAUAUGCCAAAGAAGUUGAAGCCGUGGAGAAAGCUAAAUUGUUGAAGGAAGAGGUGAGGAAGACACUGACUGAUCAAGGUUCGAUUGAGAAGCUAGAAAUGAUCGAUGUUUUGCAAAGACUUGGAAUCUCGUAUCAUUAUAAACACGAAAUACAUAAUAUUUUGAAGAAGAUUCACGACAACCGCGGCGAAACUGAAAGGGAACCAAAAGAUCUUCAUGCGACAGCUCUUGAAUUUUUUCUCCUAAGGCAACAUGGUUUUGAUGUUUCGCAUGUUGCUUUUGACGCUUUUAAAAGUAAAACCGGAGUAUUCGAAGAAGAUUUACGCAACAAUAUUAAGGGUUUACUCUCUCUAUACGAAGCUUCUUAUCUUUCAAUGGAUUCGGAGUUUAAACUCAAGGAGGCUAGAGCUUAUGCAAAUGAGCGAUUGAACGAGUUUGUCGAGGAAAAUAACAAAGCUAUUUGUGGAAAAGAUGAAACUUAUAUGUUAGAGAUGGUGAAACGAGUACUAGAAAAGCCGUACCAUUUAAGCUUAAGGAGAUUUGAAGCAAGAUGGUACAUAGAUGUGUACCCCAAAAAGCAUGACAUGGAUCCUCUCUUGCUAGAGUUGGCAACACUUGAUUUCAACAUGGUACAAGCUUAUCAUCAAGAAGAGCUUAAAUUAAUUUCUAGCUUUUGGAACAGCACAGGACUUAUGAAACAACUUGACUUCGUGAGAGACCGAAUCACAGAGAGUUAUUUUUGGAGCAUUGGAAUAUUUUACGAACCAGAGUUUAAAUACUACCGCAAGAUACUCACCAAAAUAGCCAUAUUAAUUGCAAUCAUGGACGAUAUUUACGAUAUCUAUGGCAUAGAGGAGCUCGAGAUCUUUACAAAUGUGGUCGAAAAAUGGGAUGUGAACCAUGUCGAAAGACUUCCAGAUUACAUGAAAAUGUGUUUUCUGUUUUUAUACAAUGAGAUCAACCAAAUGGGUUACGAUGUUCUCAGAGACAAAGGACUUAAUGUCAUUCCUUACCUUAAACAAGUUUGGACGGAUCUAUUUAAAACGUUUUUAACUGAAGCGAAGUGGUACAAGACCGGACACAAACCAAGUUUCGAAGAAUAUAUGCAAAAUGGUUUGAUCUCGAGUUCUGUCCCAACGAUAUUGCUCCACCUUUUCUCCAUAUUCUCCGACCACAUUUCCGACCAAAACCUAACCGAUGUUUCCAAGAACCACCACUCUGUCGUCCGGAGCUCGGCCACCAUCCUCCGUCUCGCCAAUGAUCUCGCCACCUCAACGGAAGCGAUGGCAAGAGGGGAUUCACCAAAGUCAGUCCAAUGUUACAUGUACCAGACAAGAGCCAGUGAGGAAGAGGCACGUGGACAAAUGCAAAGUAUGAUCAGCGAUUCGUGGGACGUCAUUAACUCCGAUUUCAAAACGGCACAUACUUCUUCUCUUCCCCGUGAUUUCGUGGCAGCCGCCGCAAAUCUUAACCGCGUGGUACAGUGUAUCUACCAGCACGGUGAUGGCCACGGCUUUCCCGAAAAGGCCAAGACCGUUGAUUAUAUCCACUCCGUACUCUUCAAUCCCGUUCCAUAUGACUCUAAUUUGUAA